AUGACAGCAACAACUAAUGCUAAUGAUAUAUUAACACAUAUUUUUACAAAUCUUCCAAAACAACAAGACAAUGAUGAAAUUUUGAAUGAACGACAUUCGUUUCCUCAACAAUUAGGUGAUUUUGGUGAAUAUCUUGAUAAUAAACUUACUGACAUUGCUACAGCUUGUCUAAAAUCUUCUUCCGAAUAUGAAGAAAAUCGUAUUGGACCUUCUACAGCAAGUUUAAAUUCAUAUUCAGCAACUGGAAUUGUUCAAUGUACACGUUUUGAUUAUACUGGAAUAAGUAGUUUUAAUACAGUACGAGGUGAUGUAUGCGUUUUCCGUGGUAAAUGGCAAUAUGAAGUAUUGCUUGAAACUCGUGGUGUUAUGCAAUUUGGUUGGUGUACAAUAAAAUGUCAUUUUUCUCAAGAAAUUGGUGUUGGUGAUACUUGGACAUCGUUUUCUUAUGAUGGUGGACGUAUAAGAAAAUGGAAUGUACAAAAUUCAAAAUAUGGCGAUUCUUGGUUAGCUGGAGAUAUUAUUUCAUGUUUAAUUGAUUGUGAUGAAGGAACUAUAUCAUUUAAACGAAAUGGUAUUGAUUUGGGUAUUGCUUUUGAUAAUGUACCAUGUGGAAAAGGUAUUGCUUAUUUUCCUGCUAUAUCAUUAUCACAAAAUGAACGAGUUAAAAUAAAUUUUGGUGCAACACCAUUUCGACAUCCAACAACAAAUUAUUUACCAAUUGAUGAAAAACCACAAUUAUUUAUUGAACAAGCUAAUUUUUUAUUCAAUAUAUUUGAACAAGUAAUUUAUUUAGGAAAAUAUCAAAGAUUUAAUGGAUCAAAUAAAAAUACAAAUUCAUUAAAAUUACCACAAGCUCGACCUUUGCCUGAUCCAAAAAAUGAUGCUAUUCUUAUGAUUAUUGCUCAACAAAUAAUUGAACGUUUAUGUCCAUUAUUGGCCUCACCGUAUAUUAUUCAACAAUGUUUUAUUUCAAUGCUUAUAAGACUCAAUCAUGAAUCACUUCAUAGUGAACAUACGGAAAUCUGUUUAUGUCUUGAUUAUUUUUGGGCGUUUCUUCAAUCAAAUGAUUUACUUACAGUUUUAACACAAGUAUUUCAUUCAUUAAAUACUCUUUAUUUUUUUGAACCUAUACAAUUACAAUUUGAUCAACAACGUCAAUAUUUAUAUUUAUUAUAUUCAAUAUUAAAACAUGAAGAUACACGGAAAUUAUCGUUAGAAUCAAUAUUUUUUCUUAAAGUUAAGUUACCGUUAUUUAUUGAUAUAAAACCACCCGAUAGUGAUUUAUUAAAACAAAUAAUACCAGAUGGUUGGGCAAGAAAAAAAUUAAAUUUGAAUGAUGUUGAACGUGAUUUAAGUUGUUUAUCAGCAUGUCGAAAAUUAAAAGAUGAUCUUAAUUCAUUAGAAAAUAUUCAAAUUGAAAUUCUUAAACUUUUAUUAACACCAUCAGAUGUUCUUCAACAUCCACCAUCAUCAAAAUUUUUAUUUAUUACUAAAUUUCGUUUAUUUCUUAAAGAAAAUCUUUCAGAUUCACCACUUCAUAAUUUUCAACCGGGUAUAAUAAGAAAUUUUUUUCAUCGUUUAUUACAUGUAUUAGAAUUUUAUUGGAAUCAAUAUCAUGAAAUCAAAUCAUUUGAUGAAGGUCAUGAUUCUUCAUUACCAUUUGAUUCUGCUUAUGUCCCAAGUCAAAAAUUUAUUGAUAAUAAUUUUGAUUAUUUCAAUUUACAAAGAUUAGGUGGUGUACAAAGUCAUUUAGAAAAAGAAUAUUCAGCUGAUGUAAAACGAGCAAGAUCUUCAGGAACAUCAUUUUUGUCACGAGCAUUUUCUGAUCAAUCAUCAAGACACGAUGAUAUGUCUGAUUUCGUCAAUGGACGAGAGCGUUAUCGUCAUCAAUUGGGAUAUAGUUUAAAAUCAUCUAAUGCUACUGGUUCAGAAAGUUUAACAGAAUUACUUGAUGGACUUAUUCUUUUGUAUCAUGUUGGUGUACAUAAACAUUAUCUUAAAGUUGCUGAAGUAAUUGAUAGCUUAAGAGAAUAUAAUGAAUCAUUAAUUGAUAUUGAUAAUAAAUUAGUCAAUUGUCGAGAAGAUUGUCCUGAAAUUCGUGAUGAACUUUUACGAUCAAAGAAAAUCUUUGAACAACAAACAGAAGAUUUAACACGUAAAAUAGCUUGGAUAACAGUCCAUAUUUUUUCACAUGAAAAACGACGUGAUAUUGUCAUAUUACAUCGUUGUGUCUAUCGUACUCUUCAAAUAGCAUCUGAAGCAGGCAAUUUAUUUAGUUUUGUACCAGAAAUCUAUCUUAAUGAUAUUUAUUUAAAUACAUUUACUGCUCUCAAUGUUUAUUAUCCAACUGAAGAUUCAGGAAUCAAUCGAGAAAUAGCAGGUGAUUUUGUACAAUUUAUUGCUAAUCAUAUGCAAGAUACUCGAAUUGUGAAUUCAGAUGUUCGUGAUAAUAUGACGCAAUGUUUAAGUGCAUUUUGUUUUUAUUCGGGUUCAUUACGAGCAUUAGAAAAUAUGCGUGAAUAUAAUCGAACUGUAUUAAUUCGAGCCUUAUUAACACCAUAUGCUAAUCGUCCAUGGGCAAUGACAAAUUUAAUAUUAGUUCGAUUUUGGAAAGGUUGUGGUUUUGGUUUUCGUUAUUCACAAUCUUAUCCAUCGAAAUUUCUACAAAGUUUAAGAAAAGAUCGAGUUCAAGAUUCAUCACCAUCAAUGAAAUAUCAACAAGAAAUUGGACGAUAUUUAACAAGUCAUAGUGACGAUGCUAUUGGAUUUCUUAAUAGUCUAUUAGGACAAUUAAAUUGGGCGUUUUCAGAAUUUAUGGGAUUAUUAAAAGAUUUGACACCAACGAAAUCUCGGUAUAUGCCAACAAUUGAACAUCGACAAAUGAAAAUAUGUUCGACUUGUUUUGAUGUAACAGUUAGUUUAUUACGUACAAUUGAAAUGACAAUAUGUGUUGCACCGACUGUUAUACUUGAUAGACAUUCAAAUAAAUCAGAAAUGCUUCUUAUUCGUCUUCUUCAAUUACUCGGUCAAAUAAUUAAUCGUUUAGCAACGAAAAAUUAUGUUUUAGAAGAUAUUGAACGGCUCAAAAUGUAUGCAUUAGACAAUAUUCAACCAUAUCCCAUGUUCUCAGCAGUAUGUGGCAUAUUGGUACAUUUAAUUAAUCGAACAAGCAAUGAAAUAUCAUCACGUGUAUGUCGUGCUAUUUAUAAUGAAGUUGAUCUUGAUUUAUCUUGUUUACAUCGACUGAUAUAUGAUUCUGAGAGUGACGCCUCGAAUUCAGUAUCAUCAUCGGCUCAUUUUACACUAAAAUCCCAACCAGAAAUAAAUCGAUCAGAAGCUUAUGAUCUUGAUGAAAUCUAUCGAAAAUUAAAUGAUACAUAUCAAAUGUUGGCUAAAACAACGAAAAAAUCUGAUGAUAAUGAUGAAUCAAUAUGUAUUAUUUGUUAUUCACAUCAAAUACAAGGAGAAUUUCGUCCAUGUAAACAUCAAGCUUGUUUAUCAUGUAUUACAAUGCAUCUUAUGACAAGCAAAGAAUGUUUCUUUUGUAAAACACAUGUUGACCAAGUUGUUGAUUUAAUAACUGGUCGUGUAAUUGACAGUAUCAAACCAAAUGAAAAUAAUAUAAAAGACAAAUAA